CAUAUUGCUUUGUGAAUCAGCAGAGACAGUGUUCAAAAUGAUUUCUCUAAUACUGGUCCUGUUUCUUGGAGCUACCGUCGCGUUGGCCGAGAUACAUGUGCAAAAUGAUCCACACCAUAAAGCGCCUCACCCAAUCUUGAAAGAGUGCAUGGAAGAAUGCGGCGUCAAUCCAACAAAGCCGGGCGAACUAGCUGACGAGGAAAACGAUCCUCACCAUCAUCAUCAUCAUCGUCCUUCUUUACCGCCUGCCGUGAGAAUGUGUAUCAAAGAGUGUCUCGAAGAGCAUAAGCCAUCAAAACUGCCAACAGAGCCGGACAAGGAAAACGAUCCACGCCGUCCUCGUCCAAGCGGUGUAAGUCCUCGUCCUCCUCGUCCAAGCGGUGUAAGUCCUCGUCCUCGUCCUCGUCCCCCUCGGCAUAUCCUGGUAAGCCUAGUGCGCUUCGUAACUAUCUAAUAAUUAUAUUAUUUA